UAAGAACUUUCACUUCAAAAAUCGAAAAAUUUAUAGAACGAUAAUCGUAAAAGUAUAAUUUAACGAUAAUCGAAACAUGCGCAAAAGUAUCAUAGCCUUGCAUGCGGCAAACUUUAUUAUUGCAAUUGAGAACUAACUGCGUUUUAUUGUUGGGAGAGACCACCAUGGGUGGUGGUGUGACAGCAGCUUAUUAAACGUGUAUGUGUGUGUGCGUGCGUGUGAUAUGUGUUCAAGUUUUCUAUUAGUAUGCCGAUGGUGUAUUAGUAAUAAAUUAACCUUCUAUGAAGAAUAAAUAUUGAUGUAUAUACGUGCAACUCAUCAGUGCAGUGGACACCAACACAAAGUUAAUCAUUAAAUCAAUCGAAUUUGCAUGAUCACGGCCAAAGAGCUGUGAAUUGCUGCUGUUGGAUGGACUUUAACGUGUUUACCGGCUAUGUCAAUUACGUGUAAAAUAUUUCUUAAUAUAAUGAGCGCAUGGAAAUUGUUGCAACGACGAUGUUACGAUAUUCUUUCGUACAAAUAUUCGCUCCUGGUGAUACUAAUUGCAUUUACCUGCAUAUUCAUCGGUAUCAUACACUUCGGAGAGGUUUGGUUGGCAUGGAGUAAAGAAAAAUAUGAAGCUGUUUUUCAUUCCUUCAAUGACAAUAUAUUAGGGAAAUCUUUUCAAAAGAAAUUGUGCCAGCAUGUACCUAUUGAUGUAGUCUAUACAUGGGUUAACGGAUCUGAUCCACAUUUUUUAAAAAGUCUUCAAAAACAUAUUCCUAUUACUGAUAGUAAUACAGUUUCUUCAAGGUUCAGCGAUAAAGAUGAGUUAAGAUAUUCUUUGAGAUCGUUAGAAAUGUAUGCGCCUUGGGUCAGACAUGUUUAUAUCGUUACCAAUGGGCAGAUUCCAAGUUGGUUGGAUAUGGAUAAUCCUAGGAUGACUCUUGUUACUCAUGAUGAUAUUUUUCUUGAUAAAAGUCAUUUACCAACUUUUUCUAGUCCAGCUAUCGAAAGUCAUAUUCAUAGAAUUCCUGGUAUUUCUGAUAAGUUUCUAUAUUUUAAUGAUGAUGUAAUGCUUGGCGCUGAAGUAUGGCCAGAAGAUUUUAUAACUCAAGCGGGUGGUCAAAAAGUGUAUCUAGCAUGGUGGGUUCCUGACUGUUCUGAUAUUUGUCCAUGGGCUUGGGUAGGUGAUGGUUCAUGUGAUCCUGCAUGCAAUACAACUCUAUGCGAAUUUGAUGGCGGAGAUUGUAAUUCUACUUUAUUAUCUACUGAUAGUGAGCCAUUCGAGGAAGAAAAUGAUUAUCCAUAUAAAUACUUACAAAUAAUAGAAGAUAAAAAUAAAUCUACUACUAUGUUAUACGGUAACUCAGAAGUAAUAAAUAAUAGCGCUGUAGUUGCAUCGGUGCAUACUGCAACAAUUACUCAUAGAACAUUAAAUUCAAAAAAUCAUAGUUCUUCUACAAGUGAUAUUAAAAACCUUUCUGAUAUCAAAGAAUAUUAUGAUAAUAAUAAAACAAUAAGACUCAGCGAAAGCAAUGACUUACCUGAUAAUAUACUUGGAAAUUUUAAUCAUACUAAAUUACAUAUACAAUUAAAACGCUACCUCAAUGAUGAUAUCAUUAAUCUAGUACAAGGAAAUAACACUAUUAAGUCAAAUAAAUUCAAGUAUAGCGAUCAAUGGAAACAUAAAAAAAGACAGCUUGAUACGUAUGCGGAAUCCUUGCUGCAUGUUAAUAAAAUAUAUAAUAUAAUUUAUGGCUUUGACAGAAGAAAAGUUCCAGCUCAUAUGCCACAUUUGAUAGAUAAAUGGAUUGUUAAUAGUAUGCAAAGAAAAUUUGAGUCUGAUUUUAUUAAAACUUCUAGUCAUAAAGUGAGAAAUCCGGAAGACAUGCAAUUUGCAUUCUCAUAUUUCUACUUUUUAAUGAGUGAGAACCUGUACAUACCGGUUGGAGAUAUAUUUGAUAAAUUCGAUACUGAUAAAUCAGGAACUUGGUCGGAUAGAGAAAUACGAACACUUUUAUCUAGAUUGUAUCCUUUACCAUUAGAUUAUAACUUGGUUGUAGAGUUUGAAGAUUCAAUUAUUAAUUGUUCAAAACAUUUGAUACUUAAAGAAGAUAUCAAAGCACCACCUGGUGAAAGAUAUUUAGAUUCUACUUUGCCUGUAGUAUCUAAAGAAUUAAUAUCAAAUUGUGAUUGGGUUGCAUCAAAAAUUGAGGCAAAAUUUGGCGAAUGUAAACGUUACAAACACGAAGUUAUAAAAGCAGGAAAAAAUGAGAUAUUUGAAAUGUUAACCAGUAACGUGUCUCUAACUGUGCAGCUUUUAGAUGAGAUUAGACGUGAUCCAAAAAAAUUUAUAUGUUUAAAUGACGAUAUGGAUCCGUCACGUAAUUCAGAAAAUGAAGUAGUACGAGCAUUAUUGAAUGAUUUUUAUCGUUCGUUGUAUCCUUUAAAAAGUACAUUUGAACUACCUCCACAAUUUCGUAAUAGAUUUUCUUAUCGCGAAGAACUUAUCGAAUGGAGAUCAAAUCGUGCAAAAACGCGAAACUUAUUAUUAUUGCUCAUAGUUUCAUUAUUUAUUAUUACGAUUUAUCAUUUAUCUUAUUAUCAUAUACGAAGAAUAUUUCGAAUUCGCACAUUACCUACUCUUCUUAUAUAAUUAUAUCUAACGAACAGAUAUUUUUUCAAUAUUGAAUUAUUCGUAUACAUAUAAGUUUUAAUAGUAAGGUGAGAAGAGAAAAAGAAAAUAGUCGGUCAAAUCGGUAUAAUCCGAUUUAUUUAUAGAGACACUUACCUUCAGUUAGAAGAAUUAAUCAGAUUUUAUCUCAGGAAAAAUAUUAAUUAUACAUAUACUCACACACAUGCAAUUUUUUUAUUUUUAAGUGAUUUACGUAUUAAUAAAAGAA